AUGUCCAAUUCUUCUCUGCAGGUAUAUGGUGGUGAUGAAAUUUCUGCUGUGGUGAUAGAUCCAGGUUCAUUUACAACAAAUAUAGGUUAUUCAGGUACUGAUUGCCCUCAAGCUAUCUUACCUUCUUAUUAUGGUGAGAUUAGUUUAAAGGAAGUUGCAAGUGAAGGAAACGAAGAAAUUGAAGAGAACAGUGCUUCAAAUAACAAGUCUAAAAAAAUAUUUGGAGAACAAUCAAUAAAUUAUCCAAGAGCUGACUAUGAAAUUAAACCAAUUGUUAAGAACGGUGAAGUUAUUGAUUGGGAUGGUGCUCAAGAACAAUGGGAUUGGGCUUUAAAAAAUGCAUUAUACUUAGAAUCGAAUUCUGGUAUACCGGCAUUUUUAACAGAGCCUAUUUGGAAUACAGUUGAAAAUAGAAAAAAGUCUUUAGAAGUUUUACUAGAAGGUUUGCAAUUUGAGGCCUGUUACCUAAGUCCUACUCCGACCUGUAUAUCGUUUGCAUCAGGUAGACCAAAUUGUCUUGUGGUCGACAUAGGUCAUGAUGUAGCUAGUGUGAGUCCUGUAAUUGAUGGUAUGACUUUAUCUAAGAGUUCUAUGAGAAAUUUUAUAUCUGGUCGUUUUAUAAAUGAAAAGAUAAAAGAAUUCCUAAAACCAAGAGAAAUCAUUCCUCUAUUUGAAGUGAAACAAAGAAAACCAGAAUUCAUUAAGAAAACUUUUGAUUUCCCAAUCCAUCAAUCAGUAUAUGAUUAUGCCAAUGAUCAUGGAAUAUUUCAAGAGUGUAAAGAAACUUUAUGCCAAAUAGCUCCAACAGCAGCAUUGGAUAAAAUGGCUCCUGAAUUAGAAAGUUUAGCCAAAAGAUCAUAUGAAACUCUGUGGAAAGAAGAUAUUGUAUUUGAUAAUGUAACACGUUAUUCCUUUGCAGAACAUUUGUUUGUACCUAAGGAGGAAUCAAUGCCUGAAGGAUGGCCAGUUUCAAAAGAUGGUAUAGUAGAGACUUGGCAUAAUGAUUAUGUCCCUCUAAAGAGGAAUAAACCUGCUGUAAGUUCGAAAACAGAUAAGGAAAAUACAGAAGAGCCAACCCCUGUCCCAUCUAAAGAAGGAGAGGAAUCCACUCCUUCUGAUAAAACAAACGAUAGCGGCAAAAGACCAAUGGAAUCAGAAAACCCAACAGAAAGCAGCGUCAUCCCAGGAAUCGUUGAUCUUAUUGAAUCUUCAAUCAUGGCUACUGAUGUCGAUUUGCGUGCUUCAUUAGCUCAUAAUAUAGUAUUAACUGGUGGUACUUCAUGUAUACCUGGUUUUAGCGAUCGUCUAAUGUUGGAAUUAAACAAAAAGUUACCAGCAUUAAAGUUUAGAGUUCUUACUACCGGCCAAACAAGAGAAAGACAAUAUCAAGCUUGGUUGGGUGGUAGCAUUUUAUCAAGUCUCGGAACGUUUCAUCAAUUAUGGGUUGGUAAACAAGAAUAUGAAGAAUCUGGGGCGGAUAGACUUUUGAAAGAUAGAUUCAGGUAA